AUGACCAGGUGGGCUCUGCUGGUGCUGAUGGUCCUGACAUUGGGCAGGACUCUGCUUGUCCCAGCAACCCCUAUCCCAGGCUUCCGGCUCCUCCCUCAGAACUUUCCCCAGGGCACUCCCUGCCCUGUGACCUCGGAGAGCCCUUCAGCCAGCACCACAGGCCCCUCCACUGUUUGGGGCCACCCUGGCCCUGGCCCCCACAUCACCCUCUCGCUGGAUGUCCCCCUUGGCCUCCUGCAGAUCUUACUGGAGCAGGCCCGGGCCAGGGCAGUGAGGGAGCAGGCUGCUGCCAAUGCCCACAUCCUGGCCCAUGUUGGUCGCCGCUGA